GUGCAGGCAUCUGGAGGAGAGAAUGGGAGAGCAGAAACCACUUGGCUCCCAGACAAUUCCCCUCCAGCCUUUGGGCCUGGAAUUGAGGAGAAAGUGAGCUAAGUCGGGGUGGGGCGAGUCCAAAGAAGCACGGGCUGGGCCAAGCUAAGCUGCUCUGGGCCGGGCUGAUCCCUCCCCACUCAGGGGCGGGACCCCAGGAGGAGGGAGAGGACAGAGCCACUGGAGAAGACCAGACACUGGAAAAACGAUAUGGCAGGAGCCAGUCUUGGGGCCCGCUUCUACCAGCGGAUCAAAAGACAUCCGGGGAUCAUCCCGAUGAUCGGCUUCAUCUGCCUGGGCAUGGGCAGCGCUGCGCUCUACUUGCUGCGACUCGCCCUGCGCAGCCCCGACGUCUGCUGGGACAGAAAGAACAACCCGGAGCCCUGGAACCGCCUGAGCCCCAAUGACCAAUACAAGUUCCUUGCAGUUUCCACUGAUUAUAAGAAGCUAAAGAAGGACCGGCCAGACUUCUAAGCCAGGCUGGGCUGCCAGUGCCAUGCAAACCACGGACAGCCAGCCCAUCCACUUCUUCCACUCCUUCCCUCAGGCCCCAAGGCGUCAGUCUGGCCACCCUGUCCCGCUCCUGCUUACACAGGCCCGGUUCCCACGCAGAGGGGAGGCUGCUCCUCCCCUACUCUCCUCCCUUGCUCCCAGCAGCGGAAGCGCCUCUGACCCUUGGCUUGAGUCCCACGUGGGGGAGGAGGAGGCAGGCAGCACCAGCAGGGGUCCAUCAAAAGAGCCCAGACCAGCCCCUCUGCCCUCCUACCCAGGCCUCGAAGGGUGUGGCACAGGCUACGUGUUGAGCGUGGCCUACAUGAGCCAACAAGAAGCAGGGACCUCUGAGUGCCAAGAGACGUGGCAGGCUCCACGUUCGCCCAGGCUCUGGGAGCCAGCCCAGGGGCGGUGCUGCUCAGCUCCAGCUGGUCCAGGGUCUGCUCAGGCUGGCGCACCUUUGCCUCCUGAGGCGCAGCGCACUCCUCCCCUGCCCAAGCCCGCUGCCUCUCACUGCCACCAGUACCCCCUCCAGCCCCAUACCUGGGCCUCCCCUUGCUGCUCCCCUCCCUUGCUUCCCUCUGUCCCCAGGGAUCAAACAGAAGCAGCCGUGGGCAAAAUACAAUUUCAUUUAACAAAUUGAA